GCGUCACUUGGCCAUCAUAAAACGUCAAAUAGCUACACAGUGCCAAAUAAAGAGCAAGUGAGUUAAUUUUGGAGGCCGGCAACGUCCAUAGAAGCAGCUGCUAGUGUCCUUCAGUGAGCAGCGAGCAGCCUUUGGCAGGGAAUUCUCUCUCUCUCACACACACACACACACAUGGACACACACACACACACACUCACACUGUUGUGGUCCUUGUGCCUGCGAGGAGAUAAUGUCAGGGCGCAAGGAGCAACCGGACUUGGCGCUCAUUAAACAACUUGAACUCGUUCUGGAUUCCUGCACACUGGAGCUCACUGCUGUGGAUGAAGUGUGGCCAAACCUCUACAUAGGAAACAUAGCUGUUGCACAAAAUAAAAAGACCUUAUCCAAGCUGGGCAUCACUCACGUUCUGAACGCAGCUCACUCCAAGCAGGGAAGCAUCGGGGACCAACGUUUCUAUGGCGACGCUUGCAUUUACUUUGGCAUACCAGCAGAAGACUCAGACCACUUUGAUGUUAGCCGGUACUUCAAACCUGCAGCCGACUUCAUCCACAAAGUCCUAAAGAACAACCAAGGGAAGGUUCUGGUACAUUGCAUUAUGGGUGUAAGCCGCUCAGCAACCCUGGCGCUGGGCUACCUAAUGCUGUGUCAGCGUCUCUCCCUCCACGAUGCUCUGAGGCACGUCGUGCAAAAACGAGCCAUUUAUCCUAACCGGAACUUCCUGAUGCUCCUCCACAAACUGGAUGAACAGUUGGCAUUUAAAAGGAGGUUGUGUCCCCUCCUUUGAAUGAACACCUCGAUUGUUUUCACAUCCUUUCUGCUGACUCCUCAACAGACAUCACGUAAGGACAACAUUUCAGGGGAUGUUUUGAAUUUCUAUAUUUCUCCAUCCUUCACAUAACCCAUGAAAAUAUCAACAACUUUGUCUUUCUCAAUUAUGAAUGUAUAUAUUAAUAAGGCACACUCUGUUUGUUUUUAACUGCACAUACUAACUUUAACUAUAGUUUGUCGUUGAUGAUCAUAUCAAUUGUAAUAAACAUCCUGUAAAAAAAAUCAUCAAAAAACUACAAAUUAAAUCGUAUCACUCAUUUAGAAAUCAUCUCUAUUAAACCAAAA